AGUAUUGAUAGCAUAAGUAUGUUUUGGUAUUUUUCUGAUGAAAUUAGUGUUGUAAGCGCUCGUGCUACGGUCACACUAGGCGAUAACGAUUAUACCAUUUCGAUUCAAUCUAGGCACAGCGUCUAAUUUUUAAAAAGUAGAAAGAAGAAAAAAAUAAGCAGAAGCACGGAAAAUCUUAGCAAGGAGUGAAGUUUGAAAAAAUUAGGCCAAGAUAAAGCUGCAAUAGGCACUACAAUUAACAUAUUGUUGAUUAUGAGCGACUAAGUCAAUUUUUAAGCUGUAUAAGUGUAUUGCGUCUGCGUGUAUGUUUGCUUGCUAAGGAAUUUUUCUAUACGUUUGGUUUUAACCAGCUUCGAAAUAGUGUUCAUUAAAUGUUGCUUGUAAAGUAUUACGUUGUAAGCUAACAUGACGGAGCAGCCCUCUAGAAAUGGAACCUCUAAGCGCUGUGGGCGCAUCCUAAGUGAAAACGAGCGCACUCGGAAAGAUCUUGAAAACGAACGUCGCAUAACUCGUUUGAAACAGGUGCGUGAGAAAUCCAACGAAUUGGCUAAGCACAUACGUCAAAGCGUUGCAGCUGAGAAGGCGCGACAAAUACAAAAACUAGAGAACAUAAAGCAGCUUGAAUUGAAUACAUGGCAUGAGCAUGUUGUGGCCAAAAAACACCAAGACUACCGCACGGCCAUAUUUCAAGUAGGUGACGCCCAUCGCGCCGCCCAAAUCGAAACGCAGCACACUAAGCAGCAGCAACAGCAACGCGCUCAGAAAAUAAAAAAGUGCCGUGAAGUUGCCAAUAAGAAUUCACUGAUGCAUACAAAAGCGAGUUUGCUGCGUCAGGUAGGUGGCAGGGAUCUAAAUUGCGAAGGGCGCGUAACUGCAGGCACACAAACGCCUGUGGAUGAGGGCAAGGAGAAUCGCAGGGGCGGGGGCAACUGCAAACGCAAGCGUCAUACGUGUAAAGCGAAAAAAGGAGCUUGUGCUUGCGAUGAGGACAGCGAUGAGGCGCUUGAUAUGAUGUCACUGAGCAUCAGCAGCAGCGAGGAGGAAGAGGAGGAGGAGGCGCUUGCAGCGGGUACAGUUGAUAACAAGCUGCAAAAGACGCCACCCGUUAUACUCGAUGUGGACAUAGGCAGCGAGGACUCGCUGGAAGCCAGCGCUCGCGAUGGAAUUGAAAUCAAUGAUCGCUAUAUGCAAACCAAUCGCAAAUUUAGUCGCGUAGUGCGCGCCAAUAAACCAAGCAGUCCCAAAGCAGCUGCAACUCCAACGCGUCCACGCUUUACGCAAAUCUCAGACUUGGUGCGUCGCAGAGAGCAAUCGCAAUCACCUCCACGCAGGCAGCAAUCGCAGUCGCCACAGCGUUCGCCCAGGCGCAGCCCCAACAGAUCCACAUCGCGUUCGCCUAGGAAAACUACAGCAGCAACACAAACAUCCGUGAAGCCCACAUCGCCAAAUGGCUCACCAAAGCAAUCCAAGGCAAGCAGUCAACGUUCAGCGCCGCUUGCAAAACAAGCCAAUGCUAAAAAGACAGCGUCCAAAGUAAUAGAUGCUGGGCUCAAGCGCAAUCCAGCGCCAGCCAAAGUGCAAUCUGCUGCCAAAGUGCAAUCUGCAGCUAAAGUGCAAUCAACAGCCAAAGUGCAAUCAGCGGCACCUGCAAUUCCACAGCCGCUAAUACAAGCAGCACGCUUGCCGCCAGCUCCAUUUCAACAGCCGCCAGCUCCCUUUCAACAGCCGCCUAUGGCCUUGAUGCCUGGCUACAUGCAACAGGCCAUGCCGCCCAUGCCGCCCAUGCCUAUGUACGCACCUUAUGGGCCUUUUGUGAUGCCGCCUUAUGGCAUGCCACCAAUGCCGGGAUAUCCGCCAGCCUUUGCAGCACCACCACCGCCGCCUGCUGCGGCUGCGCCUGCCGCUGGAACUACCAGCACCACCACCACUACUAGCAAUAGCGCUAGAGCUAGCAGCUCUACUUUAAAUGUGCAGUCCAGUGGCUCCACUGGCACCUAUGUGAUGCGUCAAGCUGGCAAUGGAACUGGCGCUGCUACUUCAGCUGCUGCCUCCCAUGUGCAAUUCUAUGAUCAUAAUAACAAAUACAAGAAGAGUUAUGAGGCGCCUGCAAACUCCGUGCAGCUGAAUUAUCAUGCAGAGACGCAAAUGAAUGCUAUGGAUCAUGCGCGCAUUGAAUCACAGCUAAGAGAGCUGCGCGAGAAGGAAAUUAACAAACUGAAAAAACUCACCGAUGAGCGUGGACAGAAGGCGCUGCAGCGUGAGCAAGUGCGUCGCGAUUGCGCAGAGUUGACCGAGAAGCUGGAUGCCAUGACCCAGCAGCAGCCGCAGCUGUUGCCCAGCGAUGCCAACUUUGUGCCCAGUCAUCGCUUUGCGGAUUUGGCCACGCGACGUGAACAAAAAAUGAAUGAAGCUGUGGAGCAGCUGCUGCUGCGUCCCGCCAUAGUUACUUGCCCCGAAGUGCCAAGCAAGCAGUCGCCUAAAAAGCUAAGCGCACGCACUCAAACCAAUGCCAUCAACAUAGGCGAGGCGCCGCCAUGCAAAGACGCUGAGGGCAACAGCACGCCCAGCUGCUGCUCCAUGCUGCUGGACUAUGUGGAUAAUCAGAGUCAGCAGCUGCGCAGCGAGCUCAAAGGCGUGCAAAACAAUUCCAGCAAGUCGCUGAAGCUCAAGUGUCUGCUGCAGCGCAUUGAGGCCAUAAGAGCGCAGCUGCUGACGGAGCUCAAAGUGGGUGACAUUGAUGGCAACAAUGCGCAGCGUCUUAUCGAGAGCAUACGCGCUGAACGUCAGUGCAUCGAUGUGGAUCGCAAUCUGGACAUACGCGAGUCGGAGCUGCAGCAAAAGGAGGCGCUGCUGGAGCAGCGCGUGCGGCAGCUUUAUAAGCAACAACAAAAGGUGGAUGGCAAACAAAAGAAGCAGGCAGAUGACAAAAAGCCUGUGGAGGUGAUUAUCAAAGUGCGCAGCGAUGGAACUGUUAAGCAAUAUGUGUCCAGACAAAAGUCCACCGAGACGCUCAAGUCCAAGCCUGCUGCUGUUGCUGCAGAGCCGAGCAAAACAGCAGCAGCGCCAGCCAAGGGACGUCAAAACUCCAUAGACUCCAAUUCCACAAGCUAUCGCGAGCUGCCAGCGGUAAGCUACAGAAAUGUGCCAAAUGCUGCUACAGCAGCGCCUGUGCAGCAGCAGGAGCAACUGCAUCCUAUGAUAGCACAUUAUGUGCAGCGCCUGUUGGCCAUGUCACGCAACUCCAUAGAUCAGCUGGGCGUCAGCAGCUCCGAUGUGGCCACGCCACCCGACUCUAUUAUAAAUCAGCCCACUAAUCGUAGCACUAGCGUUGUACUCCAAGAAACACUUGCGGAUGCAGGACGCGUGGAGCGCGUGCAGGCUUUCAUACAAGAUAAUCAUAGCUUUAUCAAUGAGCUGGAGCAAACGCUGCGCUCGCAGCAGCAGCAGCUGCAGCAGGAUCAAGAGGCCAGCAUACGCAGCUUUGAUCAAAUAUGGCAAAAGCGUUUGACCAUGAAGUCCAAGCAGCAGCAACGUCCAGUGGCUGCUGCGGCGGCAGCAGAGCAGCCUACUACAAGUCGCUCUGCUGGCAGAGCCGGUGCAUCCACAACUGUCAGCGUAAGUAAGCAAAGCACUACAAAGUUUAUUUCACUGCAACCAAGCCAACAGCAGCAGCAGCCAAAAAGCAGCGCCAGAUCGAAUGCCUCACGUGCAAGUAAAGCCAAGCCGCAGCAGCAGCAGCAGGAGCAGCAGCAACCAACUGCCAAUGAUGAUGCCAAUGAAUCCAGCGAGCAAUCAUCAGGUCGCUUGGAGCGCUAUGCGCAGCUCACCGAAAACUGCACACAUCGCAUAGCGGAGCUAACAGAAUUGAUAAGCAAAGUGCGCGAGGAGAAGCAGCGUCUGGUGGAGGUAACUCUCACCUCGGCCAGCGAGGGUGAGCGUCACUCCACAGAGUAUUUGGAGCUGCCGCCUGCUGCACUGCAAGCUUCGCCUGCACGUAGUCACAACUCCUCGCCUUCGGAGGCUUUGCCGCUGCAGAAGCACAAGCCCACUGGCUUUAGUCACGACAGCGGCAUUGCUGAUUCCAGACCGCUGACUGCUUUGGGUCAGGAGCUGCCCGAGCCAGAGCUGCAGCCGCUAUCGCUGCCUUCCAGCACACAGCGACGCACCAAAGCGCCGCCUGCCACCAUCCGACGCUACAGUCCACAGCUGGCAGCAGAGGAGCUGGCACAUGAGCUGUCCACCAUUACGGAAGUGGAAACUCCAGCGCAGUCGCAGGCGCUGCAAGCUAUGGCUGCAGCAGUGGCAGCGCCCCAGGCUGUGGCGCCUUUUCCCAGCUUUGAGCAAUAUGCGCAGGAGCUGCAGCUGGAUCUGUCGCGUCUGAAUGCAGAUCAGAGCAUGCGGCUGCAGCAUGAGUUCCAUUACCUUAUCAAUGCCAUCAAGAAUCGUGGACGCACCAUGGAUUAUCGUGAAUUCCCAAGCAUUAAUGCCUAUCUACAUGACAUGACCACAAUGACAACAACAACAACGCAUAUACAACUGCAGGAGCAGCAGCAGCAGGACCAGAAUGAAAGCGCACAGCCGCAUUUCCAGCUGCCGAACAUCAGUGUGCGUGAGUUUCCCAGUCGACGCGAGUAUAUGCAGCAGCUGCUGGCGCAGGAGCCGCCCGAGCAGCGCGAACUCAUCGAUACGGCUAGUCUGGAGCAUGACUCUAGCGAUUCACUGAAUGUGGAGGCAGAGCUGCGUGAGCGGGGCAUACUCAAGAGCAGCUUCCGACGUGGGCCGCAUGUGCUGGAGGAUUACGAGCUGGACGUGGCCAGCAGCACGCGCCGCGAGAGCGCAGCUACAGCUGCUACCAGAGCGCCCGAGGAGAGCGGCAUUGAGCACUGGCCCAUGCCGGACAGCAGCAGCGACUCUGCUGGCUCACACAAACGUCGCGCUGGCGGAGCACAGCCUACAGAUGCAGCUCAGGAUGCCAGCCAGCUAGGACGUUCGCUUAACUUGCGUGAAUUUCUUACUAAGGAGCUGCUCAAGCAGCGUGGACACAGCGAUCAGAGCAACGAUAGCAGCUUGGACAGCCCAAAUGAUUCGCUUAAGAGCCACUUUUUGCGCUCAGUCAUCGAUUCACUGUCACCCUCCAGCUCAAACCAUACGCCUGGUGCUGGCCAUGGCACCAAUGCCACCAACGAUAGACAAAAGACCUCCACGCCCAUGGGCUCCUUCAUUACCGGUCCCGAGCGCACUGGUUCGCUUAACAGCACUGACUCCCAGCUGUUCUCCGUUGCCAGUCGCAUUUCCGCCGUGCACUAUCCGGAUGGCUCACCACCCGUACCCUAUGAACUGACCUCAUCGGGCAGCAAAGUCAAAUCAACACGCAACACGCCAAAGAUUGCCACACGUAAUGUUAAAUAAAUUACCAUCAAAUUCCCAAUUAUAUUUUGUUUGCCUCAAAAAAGAAAGAAGUC